AUGGCAUCUCGACCGGAGCUCCUAGCGCCGCCGGAGAUAUUCUACAACGACGAUGAAGCUCGGAAAUAUACAUCAUCUUCUCGAAUUAUAGAUAUUCAGGCCAAACUUUCUGAAAGAGCGUUGGAGCUCUUGGCUUUGCCGGAGGAUGGAAUGCCCAGAUUACUCCUUGAUAUUGGUUGUGGAUCAGGACUUAGUGGGGAGACACUAACUGAAAAUGGACACCACUGGAUUGGUUUGGAUAUAUCCCCAUCAAUGCUAGAUAUUGCAUUGGAGCGUGAAGCUGAGGGUGACCUUAUACUCGGUGACAUGGGUCAGGGCUUAGGACUUCGUCCUGGAGUUCUUGAUGGAGCAAUAAGUAUUUCAGCUGUUCAGUGGUUGUGCAACGCGGACAAGUCAUCCCAUGAGCCACGUCUGAGAUUGAAGGCCUUCUUUGGGUCGUUGUACAGAUGCUUGGCACGGGGAGCAAGGGCAGUGUUACAGGUCUACCCUGAAAAUUUGGCUCAACGUGAGCUGAUACUUGGUUUUGCCAUGCGAGCUGGGUUUUCAGGGGGCGUAGUUGUGGAUUAUCCGCAUAGUACUAAACAGAGGAAAGAGUAUCUUGUGCUCACUUGUGGACCACCAUCACUAAGUAGUACUGCUCCCCAAGGAAAAGGUGAAGAUGGGGAGGAGAUUUGUUCGGAUGAUGACAUCAGCAGUGGAGAUGAAGAGAACGGAUCUGUCCAUGUGUCAGAUAGGAACAGGCCAAGGAAAAAGCAAAAACUGAACAAGAAGGUUAAGGGAAGGGAAUGGGUUUUGCGAAAGAAGGAACAAAUGCGCCGGAAAGGCAAUUCGGUUCCUAUGGACACAAAGUAUACUGCCCGUAAGCGCAAAGCUCGGUUUUGA